AUGUCCUCCUCCACCACCACCCCCAAGAAAUCCCUCCCCAAGGAAAUCUCCCCCUGCUGCCUCACCGGCUUCUCCUGGUCCGGCACCCCCCGCGGAACCGUCCUCCCCUCUCCCCUGCCCGGCACCACCAACGCCGUCUACAAAACCGGCACCAACCCCCGCGUCGCCAUCCUGCUAAUCCACGACCUCUUCGGCUGGACCUUCAACAACGUCCGACUGCUAGCCGACCACUACGCUGCCGAAGCGGACGCGACGGUAUUCGUGCCCGAUUUCUUCGACGGCUUCGUCGUCCCUCCCGAGCUGCUGAUCGAGGAACGGUGGGCGGAGAUCGAUCUCAAGAAGUUCGCCAAGGAGAACGCGCGCGAAGUGCGCGAGCCCGAGAUCUUUGCUUUUGCUAGGGCGUUGAAAACUGCCUCUGCCGAAGGGGGGCUAGGGUUUGAGAAGGUCGGCGCUGUGGGGUACUGUUAUGGUGGGUGGGCGGUGUUUAGGUUGGCUGCUGCUGAGCAUGAGUCUGAUAAUGGGAGGAAGUUGGUAGAUGCGGUCACGGCUGGUCAUCCUACCUAUUUGACCAAGGCGGAUAUCGAGAGUGUGUCAAGGAACGUGCCGGUGCAGAUGCUGGCGCCGGAGUUUGAUCCGCCGUAUACGGCGGAGUUGAAGUUGCAUACGUUCGUGACGCUGCAGAAGGUGGGGGUGCCGUUUGAGUAUUUGCAUUUCCCGGAAGUGCAUCAUGCUUGUUUCAUUAGGGGCGAUGAGAGGAAGGAGGGUGAGAGGGAGGCGAUGAUCAGGGGGAAGAAUGCGGCGGUUGCGUGGUUCAAGCAGUGGUUGCAUGGUAACUGA